CGUUGCAAACAUUCAUCUCUGCAUCGAUUUAGAAAUCAUGCCGACCAAGGGUGUUGCAAGCAAGGGCUCUAAGAAGGCCGCCACUAAGGCUAAGACCGCGCGCUCCACUGACAAGAAGAAGCGCAGGAGGAGGAGGGAAUCCUACGCCAUCUACAUCUACAAAGUCUUGAAGCAGGUGCACCCCGACACCGGAGUGUCCAGCAAGGCCAUGUCGAUCAUGAACAGCUUUGUCAACGACAUCUUCGAGCGCAUUGCUGCCGAGGCUUCCCGCCUUGCCCACUACAACAAGCGAUCCACCAUCACAAGCAGAGAGAUCCAGACCGCUGUGCGUCUCCUGCUGCCUGGUGAGCUCGCCAAGCACGCCGUGUCCGAGGGCACAAAGGCUGUCACCAAGUACACCAGCAGCAAGUAAACAACUUCUGUGGUGCUUCAAAACAAACGGCCCUUUUUAGGGCCACCCAA